AUGUCUUGGUUUCAAAAAAACUUCACCUUGCCCGCGCGUAGCCGUGGCUCGUAUCUGAUCACCGAUCAUGUCUUGUCUGAGAUCCCCGAGAUCCGUGACUACAGGGUCGGCAUGUUGAACCUGUUCGUGCAGCACACUAGCUGUGCGCUCUCACUCAAUGAGAACUGGGAUGACGAUGUUCGGGCUGAUAUGAGUGAUGCUCUUGAUCGCAUUGCGCCGAUGGAUCGUAAGGGAGAUCUAUACCGUCAUUCUGCAGAAGGUGAAGAUGAUAUGCCGGCUCAUAUCAAGUCCGCUCUUAUUGGAGCCUCGGUCUCUAUCCCCAUCUCUAACGGUCGUCUUGCGACCGGCACCUGGCAGGGAAUUUGGUACCUGGAGUUCCGUACAAGUCGACACUCGCGCAAGGUUGUCGCGACUAUCCAGGGCCAGAAGGAGUGA